GUUCAUACCCUCAAUAAUCUCUCCCCACGGAGAACUUUGUCCUGCCCCAUCCUCACUUAUCUUCACCCAGCAUCGCCACCUCCGCGAAGCCAGUCCACCCGCCUACCUAAUCCAUCUCCGAACUUUUCAAGAUGGCAACUGCCGAAUCAACCAUCCCUAUCAAUGGCAGCUAUGCGCAACCGGCGUAUGAUGCCAUGGCCAGCAGUUACAACGCCGCGAGCACCACCAGUGCCACCGGUUAUAGUACCAGCCAGCAGGCCCCAUCCAGCCAGCAGGGCAGCAGUGCGUCUACCUCUGAGAUUCCAAAAGACGAGGUCGGCUGGUAUUUCGUUGAGCAGUACUAUACCACUCUCAGCAAGAGCCCCGAGAAGCUCUUCCUCUUCUACAACAAGCGCUCACAGUUCGUCUCUGGAACUGAGGAGGACAAGAUUCAGGUGUGCAUUGGACAGAAGGCCAUAAACGACCAGAUCAAGGAGCUCGACUUCCACGACACCAAAGUCCGCGUCACCAAUGUUGACUCUCAAGGUUCCGAUGCAAACAUUGUCAUCCAAGUCAUUGGUGAGAUCUCCAACAAAGGCCAGCCGCACAAGAGGUUCGUCCAGACUUUUGUUCUAGCCGAGCAGACCAAUGGUUACUUUGUGCUCAACGAUAUCUUCCGCUACCUUGCCGAGGAGCCAGAGGAGGAAGAGGAACAGCUUCAACAGGAAGCUGCUCCGGUCAGCGGUGUGCAGGAGCCUGCUCCCACAGCUGCAGUUCCUGAGGCCGAGCACCUGAACCAGAGCGACGAAGUUGCUGCUAGCGAGGAAGAUCUUGUUAAAGUCGACCAGAAGCUCGAAGAUGUUGUCCAUGAAGAACCAGCCCGUGAAGCCUCUCCUCCUGCAGCUGUCAACGGUACCCCUGUACCGGAGACGGCUGAGGUCGUCCCAGCGGAAGAGGCUCCAGCAGCAGCAGUUUCAAUUGAGACUCCUACCGAGGAGCCCGAGGAGCCUGCCAUGGAGGAGACAAUUGAGCCCGAGAAGCCGAAAGAUCCCUCUCCAACGCCUGCCGCUCCUACUCCCAAGCCCGCUCCUCCAGCUGCCACGCCAGCCGCCCCGCUCAAGCCUGCUGCCCCUCGCACCUGGGCUAGCCUCGCUGCCUCCGCCAACAAGGUUGCCACUCCAAACGUUCCCACGCCCGUCACCCCACAAGCCCCACCUCAACCCAAGUCCUCCACCACCGCUCCGAGCCAACCCUUGGCCGUGCCGGCUGUUCAGCCUUCUGCUCCCGCUCGCGAGCCAUCCCCAGCCAACAGCCAAGGCGAGACCGCAGGGUGGGAGACGGCUACCAAGCACAAGAAGGAACAAUCGCGCGCUCAGAACCAAGCUCCGACUAGCGAGGCGGAGAGCAAGCGGGCUUACAUCAAGAAUGUCUACAGCCAGGUCGAAGAAGGUGCCUUGAGAAGCACUCUCUCCAAAUUCGGCGAUAUUGAGUACCUCGACAUCAGCCGCCAAAAGAACUGUGCUUUCGUUGACUUCAAGACGGCUACCGGAUUCCAGAACGCCGUCAGCAACAACCCUCACACUGUCAACGGUGUCGAAAUCAAGGUUGAGGAACGCCGAUUGCGCCCCCAGUCAUUUGCACCGUACCAGCGCGGCGGCGCUCCCCGUGGUCGUGGAGGUAUGCAGGGUCCCCGCGGGGGUUUCCAACCUCGUGGUGGUCGGGGCGGUCCCGUCGGACGCGGCGGUCGCGCAGCUGCCCAAGAAGCUUGAAGACGCGGAUCCACCUCGUCUCAAUGAACCCGUACUCUACCUUCCCCGUCGUCUCUCACCAGGUCUACACCAUAGAGCGAUCUCCUAUGCUGAGCAUCGAAUAUGGCUAGAACUGGCUUAUUAACGACUUACGGCUUCACACACAUGUACUGUACCCCUAUCCCUUCCGGCGC